AUGCCGCACUGCGUUAAUACGAAGUUUCUAAUGAGAGACGUGUCGGUGACCCCCCUGUCCGCGCGUGCUCCCUCCUUGCCGUCUCUGACACAAGAAACUGCGCAUGUGCGGGUGCCAUACUACUCUGGGCGCCUGCGCAUUCGCAUUCCCGCCACGCUCCCCUUGGGUGCGCGCAAAGUAAUAACAACCUGUGGGUGGAUUUUUGCUCUUCUGUUUAAAUUGGCUUACAGGUCCUCUUGGCACAGAGUGUUUCAGAACAUCUACACGGGGGGUGGGGCGGAAAUUGCUGGGAGGGAGAAUGGGGUUCAUGUGAGUCUACUGCCACAAUUUCCUCUAUACCAUCUGUUAGACUGUUAUCAGUGUGCUAAAUCAGAUGAUCAUCUUUCCUAUGGAGAAAUGGAAAUGCCUGUUCCUCCUUUUGGCUGCACCUUUUCAACUGCUCCAGACCUACAGCACAUACUUGCUGUUGCAAAUGAAGAGGGAUUUGUUAGGCUGUAUAAUACCCAAACACAAGCAAGUGACAAGCAGAUUUUUAGAGAGUGGCAGGCUCACUCCAAUGCUGUUUUUGAUCUGACCUGGGUGCCCGGUGAACACAAAAUUGUUACUGUUUCAGGAGAUCAGACAGCUAAAGUAUGGGAUGUGAAAACUGCUGAGCUCCUGGGAGUGUGCCGAGGACAUCAGUGCAGCCUAAAGUCAGUUGCUUUUUCCAAAUUUGAGAGCGCUGUGUUCUGUACUGGUGGAAGAGAUGGAAAUAUCAUGGUUUGGGACACUCGAUGUAAUAAGAAAGAUGGGUUUUACAGACAAGUGAAGCAAAUAAGCGGAGCCCACAACAUAAUGGACAAACAGAUACCAUCCAAACUGAAGAAGAAAAAACAGAGCGGGAGAGGACUGGCUCCUUCAGUGGAUUUUCAGCAGAGUGUGACGGUGGUGGUACUUCAAGAUGAACACACCCUAAUUUCUGCAGGAGCAGUUGAUGGGGUAAUCAAGGUAUGGGACCUGCGCAAGAGCUAUACCACGUAUCGGCAGGAUCUGGUGCCGUCCAGGUCUUUCAGCUAUCCUGGAACCAGCACUCGUAAACUUGGUUAUUCUAGUCUGGUUUUGGACUCCACUGGUACCAGCCUCUUUGCUAAUUGCACUGAUGACAUUAUAUAUAAGUUCAAUAUGUCAAGUCCGAAGGACACGCCAGUAUCGGCUUUCAGUGGACAUCAGAACUCCAGUUUCUACGUCAAAUCAGGCAUCAGCCCAGAUGACCAGUUCUUGAUUAGUGGCUCAAGUGACCAGAGUGCCUAUAUCUGGAAGGUGUCUGAGCCCCAGCUUCCUCCCGUAAUGCUCCUCGGUCACAUGGAAGAAGUUACUUCGGUUGCUUGGUGUCCUUCAGACUUCUCUAAGAUCGCCACAUGUUCAGACGACAACACCAUCAGGGUUUGGCGCUUGCGACGAGGCAAGGAAGAGAAGAUAUUGGACAGAAGCAGUUUGGUGGGUUGGGCCUGUCUGAGGAAAGCAGGAGAACAAAAUGAAACAGAAACUCUCAGCAGCCAGCAGAGUACUCCUGCUAAAGUUACCACCACGGGCAGCCCCCCUAUUUCUUCACCACAGCCUGCAGCUUGUGCUCCAGCUUACAUGGGCGAUCUUCCUCUUCCCACCAACACGCCGACAUCUUCUGUCAAAACCACAGCCCCCGUGGCCUACACACCUGCAAGGCAGAGGGAAGCCGCUUCUGGCCCUUCACCCAAAUCAGCACCGUCUUCAAUUAUGUCCAUCAGGCAGUGGGUUACCCAGACUCCAAAUUCAUCUCCUCCCUCGAGGGAGAAAAAGACACUUUCUCCACGAAAAGCCCUGGCAGAGAUUUCUCAGAUUCUCCCUAGGGUCCCCUUCACAUCUAAAUCCAUACAUUUGCGUCUUGAAACACGAGCCAAGAGGAGACUGGAAUCCAGCAGGGACAGUAAUGCAAAACGGAAGUACUCCAAAAGUUGCAACUGUGUGACUGACCUUGACCAGGUGCCUAAAAAAUCCAGGCUGGAACAGUAUACCAUGACAGGGAAUUCAAAGCCUUGUGGUGAAGAUUGUCUGACUCUUAAUGAACUAGCAAAGGCCACUCAAAGCCAGAAGGAACCUACCUCUCCUAGAUAUCCAUGUUCUCCAUCAGGCUCGCCAAAUCUCCCAGUUCCCCACAAGAUCUCUUGUGGUGGAGUGGCUGACAAGGAAAAUGGUUCUGCUGACAAAAACUGGCUGUCUGCUCUGAAGGACAAGCUGCGAACUAACAAAUCCAGCAACCAGAAUACAUCGGGCAACAGUGUUCAGUCACCACAGAGUUGUAGCAUGAGACAACAAGAACCUGGGGCAGGAAUUGGUUCACCAGCAUCGAUGGAUCAACUUAUUGCCACGACAAACACCAUAUAUCAAUCUAUCAAUCAAAAACUGGAUUCUAUUCUGGAUGUACUUAAAGACAUAAAAGACCAAGCUAAUACAACGAAGUCAGAUGGGAUAGCAGGGGAUUCUCCAAGUGAGGAGACGGCUCAAGAUCAGGAAAUUCCUACAAAGGAAAAGGAGAGCCAGGAUAAACAACAGGACGGCGCAUCCCUUCAACAGGAAACUGCAAUAGACCAGCUGCUUACGAAGGAUAUGAACGUGAGAGACCUCGACUUUUAUCUUUACAAAUUGCCUAAAGAAUUUUUCUAUAUUAGCUUGGAGGACUUGAAGGGUGGCAAGUUUUAUGAUAAUUAUUCAAUAAUCCUAUCAAUCCCCACUGAGAGUUCUGUGGAUGACCUGAAUUUUGAACCCAGGACUCCCAGGUUCUACACAGAACUAUGCAAGGGAUGA